CAACGCUGAAGGUGCCGACAGAGAGCAGAGAGUUGCGCUACUGGAUAUACUGUGUCAGACGUGCCAGAGGCGUUUCGUGAAUCGUGAGGAUCAGUGAGAAUUGAGAAUCGUUUCCGCAACGGUGCUCGCUUGGAGGGACGCGCAGUUCGCAUAUGCCUGUUCGAGGCCAGUUCGCAGCAGCAGCUUCGGUGGCCGACAGCGUGAGCAGCGGAUCUGUGCGCGCAAGCGUGACGCAAAAUUCACGGCAUGGCGGAACGCAAGAAAAACAGGAAGCGAAAAGAUGAAGUGGCGAGUUUGGACACAAAGGUUGCCCAAGACAAGCCAUCCAAGGAGGAGUAUGCUGUAGCAAAGUGGAUACGCAGCAAUGUACCAUCGAAGAAGACAAAGUUUGAUAGGACUCACAAUGUCGAGUACUUUACUGGAUCACGUGCGAUUGAUGCUUUAUUGGAAAAUUCACCCUGGAGCACGGUGUUUGAGAGUCGGGAGCAGGUCUCCCAAUUCUUGGACCUGAUGUUGAGGCACAAGUUCUUUCAUAGAGCCAAGAAAGUAGUGAUUUCGGAGGAGGAACUCAAUAAAAUGCGGGGCAUUAAAAAGAAGGCUAAAGAUGACAAGAAACCUGAAAAGGAAGAUUUGAAGGAGAAUAAAGAUGCAGUUACUAUGAAAGAUGAGAAAAGCGAAGAGAAAGAGGAACGAAAGGAACAUAAGAAAAAGCCAAAAGUAAGACUAGAAAUGCAUAUGGAUCAGUUCUUUGUGGAUUGUAACGAUGCAUAUGUGUGGAUAUAUGAGCCAAUUCCUGUGUAUUAUUGGUUUUUCGGCACAUUGGUAGUCUUAGGUGCGAUAGGGGUCUGUCUCUUCCCAUUGUGGCCGUUAACUAUCCGUCAUGGCGUAUAUUACCUAAGCGUCGCCGCCGCGGGAUUCCUCGUAUUCAUAUUAGCAUUGGCUAUUAUCAGAAUGAUUGUAUUUUGUCUUCUGUGGGUUCCCACAUUAGGUCGAUGUCACUUGUGGCUACUGCCUAACUUGACGGCCGAUGUUGGCUUCUUCGCAUCCUUCUGGCCAUUAUAUCAGUACGAAUAUUAUGGCCCAACGUCCGAUAGUGACAAGAAAGUCAGUAAAAAGAAAAGAAAGAAGGAAAAAGAUUCCGAUUCUGAGGAUGCGCCAUUAUUUCAUUCAGAAGAGACAUCUAGCGCGAUGGAAGCGCCUAAGGAAGAAGAGCGAAUCGAGGAAUUAUCUUUGCCAAGUGAGGAGAGGAAAGCUUCGUCUGACUCGGCAGAAGGAGAGGACGGCAGCGAGGAAGGCUCGGAAAGCGAGAAAUCGAAUACAGGUCGAGAUUUUGUUAUGGUUUAAGACAGGUAGGCUGGGCAAUCAUGUUUUCUGGAACAAACAGCUAGUAUUAAUUGUCGCAUUAAUCAUCGCUGAAACCGAUAUAUGCUUGCGGUGCGUUAACCCGGUCAUCGGACUUCAAUUUAACGCACGGAUUUGAGAAACCGAUCAUAGCAGAUUCUCCAGAUUUUGUUGCAUUUAAGUACGAUCAAGGACGAGUGAGCAGAAACCGCUUGUGACUUUUGCAUGAGAAAAGAAUUUCCAAUAACUGGUGUGUGAUUGUAAAAUAUUAUAUUUAGAAAACGUGUGAUAAGGCAUAUUUUAUUCUAUGUGUGUAAUUCGAAAGAAUCAUUAUUAGGUGUUAUUGAGCGUAUAUCUCUCUCAGUUUCCAUUGAAUAAAUUAUGAGUAUUGUUCCAAGUCUUCAAUCUCUCAACGCGAUCCAUGUCUACCGACAGUUAACAUAUUGUAGUUAAUUAAUUUUACAAGGAGUCCUCUCCGUUUGAUGUAAAUCAUUUUGAAUCCAGGGAGAGAGAUGAUUUAGCUGGAAGAGAAGGAAUCUUUACGGGUACACAGAACUUGAUGUUUUCUUCGUCGUUCGUCAAUUUAACGCGAAUUCCUUUUUAGCAGAAAAGAGAUCCAAUUUUACAAAGAAAUAUAUUUUCCCGAUUUGAUACAGACGAAUAAUUUAUAUUUUUAUGCGAAAUUUCUAAUGAAUAUCAUUGUUAUUAUUAUGAUUAUACUUUGCGAUUAUACCAUUAUAUCAAGAUCUAUACGUAGAUCUACCGGUCGUUGAGUUUAUCUAUAUCGAAAUAAAGAUAAAAUAAAGCGUUA